CCUAUUUUAAGUUUGAAAAUAGAAAAGUUAAUAAAAACAGUGAAAAUACAUUAACCCUUUAACACCUUGUGAUGCUUAAGCGCAAAAUUUUUAACGUACUGCAACUUUUCAACUGUUUUCUCUUUCAAAAUCUACUGGAAUCACAUUGAUCGUGUUAACAGUUGAAAAGUUAUAGUAAAUCAAAUAAUAUAAACUUUAUAUAUAGAAAAACUUUCAUACACUUUUUUUUUUCUUUUAAAAUAACAUUUCUUAACUUUAACAUGAAACCGCUACAGUUAAUGCAGCAUCACGUUGGGAGAGCUGAGGAUAACGAGGAUGGUGAGUGGCAGGUAACAUAAGCAGCGUGUUUACACGUCUGCAACAUGAGGCUCCUUGCAAGUGUUGAUGAGACUUCAGUGACCCUUCCGUCAGCAUUGCAAGACUGACACCCCCCUGAAUGUCUUUAGCACUGCUGGGAGCUCACAGAGGAGCAACCAGCAGCUCCUGCGGUCAUGUUGUAAAAAAUAACAGAAGGAAACAAUUAGCACCAUUGUGAAAGAAAGUUAUUCAACUGAAAUAAAAUGCAUGAAAAAGGAAACUUUCUUAAACAGAAAAACAACAACUAUGGCAAUAUACAAUAAAAUAAAUGGCAAAGAACUUAAAAAAAUAAAAUCCAAUUAACACAUUUUAAUGACACAUUUCUUAAAGGAAAAAAAUUAAACUCUCUCAAAAUAGAAAAAAAUAACCAAUAACUGUCAACUAGCAAAAAAUUAAGUUUCGUAAUAAAUUUGGUACCACCACUGUCCUAGUUUUGUGUCUUAAAUUCUAGGCUUAAUUACCACUUAAAAAUAUAACACCUUAUUCUUACAAACAUAUUGACAAAAAGGAGCCACAUAGGUGGAUAAACAAAAGACAUUGUUAAAAAAACACAUAAUUUACAGUUUUUACAAACCCGAAAUAAUUAUUUCAAAUCUCAUUUACAAAUCCUAGUGGUCAAAGUGAAUAUAACUUUUCUUAUAUCACUGCCUUUUAAACGUUAGCUCCAAAGUUUAAAUUACAUUAUUGAAAAAAAUAGUCAAAUAAAAUACUUACAGUUUAAAAAUCAAGUCAACAGUUCUUAAAAAUGAAUUUUCACGCUGUCUGUUUCCAGCCAUUUGACUUGAAUGCUGCUCUCCACUCACACCGGUUUAUUAUCUUCAGCUCAGCUGUUGCGCUUUGACAAAUGCAGAAACUCGCGGACACAUAUCAAACGUGAUUAAAAAGACAAUAAACCUCUUGAGCAUGCAGCCUUUGGCUUCAGCAUCAUUGUGCGCCUGCUGCUAUUUUUGAGGAUUGCCCAAAUAAGAGAGAAGAUUUCAAAGCAGGCAUCAUGUAAUGCAGCUUCACUUAAGACAGGGACCUAUUCUAACUUUGGAUAACCACUUAUGAAUUUCUUGUUCACAUUAACCGAUGUAAGGUGACCCUUUCUCAAAAAAACAAAAAAACAACGCCCUUAAUGGCUGCUUACUUGCUUUCACUUAUAAAUCAUUAAUGUUCCAUCUUCCAUCAACAGCAGCAUCAUUUUAACCAUCUGCUGACAAACUAAAUGCUUUUCUUUCAACUAAAAGGAACUGAGCAAGUUUGAUUAAAACAAUAAUUCAAUAAAUACGUAUGGAAAAUAGCAUCCUUGGGAAAAAAAGUGCAAAAAAACAGAAUACCUUUAUCAGAUUGGUCACUCAAAAACUCUUUCUUAAGAGAGUAAUUGUAGAAGAAGAGCUGCUGCCUAUUCUUCUGCUGCUUCCCUGGAAGGAUUGAGUGUAUUAAAGAAGAAUGAGCAGCUGUUACAUUGUCUUCAAGGUGAUCCUCUGGCAGCGGCACAGGCCCUCCUUCUACUUUUUAAUCAUUUCUGACCCGUAUGGACUCUGAAACUGUAUAUCACUGGCUUUUAAGGUCUCACCAAAGCAUAGCAAAUAUCUACUGUUGUGCCAAAGAGCUUUAAAAAAGAUGCAUUAGUCACAUCUUUGGACUGUCUGGAUCUGCUGACUGACUCUGGAACUUUAGAAUGAGAAAAAAAAGCUCCAUAUUUAGGUUUCAUUCUCACAUGAUUUUAACUGUUUUGAAGAUGUUACUGUGAACAUAUUUGAAGGACAUUUACUACCGUUGAUAUGUCAGAAGAGUUAGAAAUGUAAGGCAAAAAACUGUAUUGUUCUUUAUAUGGCUGGAAGGGCAAUGUCAUGAAAUACAAUGGCACACAUACAGCGAGGAGCUGAUGCUGCCACAUGACCAGACAACAUGACCAAAUACAGAACCGGUGAUGGGUUUCCACCACACUAUAUAAAAGGACCAGGAACCACAGCUGAGGACUCCCACCCAGCAAAGAGGUCUUCACUGAAGUCUGCAGGACGACCUUCUUCUCACCUGGUUUGCUCCACGUAAAGGGUCAUCAUGAGUGGGGACGCAGAGAUGGAGUGUUUUGGGGCGGCGGCCCCUUACCUCCGCAAGCCAGAAAGAGAAAGACUUGAGGCUCAAAACACCCCAUUUGAUGCGAAAACGGCUUAUUUUGUGACUGAGCCCAGCGAGAUGUACCUUAAAGGAAAGCUGGUGAAAAAAGAAGGAGGCAAGGCCACUGUGGAAACUCUGGAGGGAAAGAGUCUCACGGUGAAGGAAGAUGAAAUCUUCCCCAUGAACCCCCCGAAGUUUGACAAGAUUGAGGACAUGGCCAUGAUGACCCACCUCAACGAGCCUGCUGUGCUGUAUAACCUCAAAGAGCGUUAUGCAGCAUGGAUGAUCUAUACCUACUCAGGGCUGUUCUGCGUCACUGUGAACCCCUACAAGUGGCUGCCAGUGUAUGAUACAAUGGUUGUCACAGCGUACAGAGGAAAGAAGAGGAUUGAGGCUCCGCCCCACAUCUUCUCCAUCUCUGAUAAUGCCUAUCAGUUCAUGCUGCAAGACAGAGAAAACCAGUCCAUCCUGAUUACCGGAGAAUCUGGAGCAGGAAAAACUGUCAACACCAAACGUGUCAUCCAGUACUUUGCGACAAUCGCAGCAGCUGGUGGAAGCAAGAAAGCUGAGCCUGUUCCUGGCAAAAUGCAGGGGACACUGGAAGAUCAAAUCAUUGCAGCAAAUCCACUGCUGGAAGCUUACGGCAACGCCAAGACUGUGAGAAAUGACAAUUCCUCACGAUUUGGUAAAUUUAUCAGAAUUCACUUUGGGUCGACUGGAAAGCUCGCUUCUGCAGAUAUUGAAACGUAUCUGCUAGAGAAAUCUCGAGUGACAUUCCAGCUGUCUGCUGAGAGGAGCUACCACAUCUUCUAUCAGCUCCAAACAGGACACAAACCUGAGCUAAUAGAGGCUCUCCUCAUCACCACCAACCCAUACGACUAUGCCAUGAUCAGCCAGGGAGAAAUCACAGUUAAAAGUAUCAAUGACAUUGAAGAAUUCAUUGCGACUGAUACUGCCAUCGACAUCCUGGGAUUCACUGCAGAGGAGAAGAUGAGCAUUUACAAGCUGACUGGAGCUGUGAUGCAUCAUGGGAGCAUGAAGUUCAAGCAGAAGCAGCGUGAGGAGCAGGCUGAGCCUGAUGGCACUGAAGUUGCAGAUAAAAUCGCAUACCUGAUGGGCCUGAACUCAGCCGACCUGCUGAAGGCUCUGUGCUACCCGAGAGUCAAAGUGGGAAAUGAGUUUGUGACGAAGGGUCAGACCGUCCCACAGGUCAACAACGCUGUGUCGGCUCUCUGCAAGUCUGUCUAUGAGAAAAUGUUCUUGUGGAUGGUGGUCAGAAUCAAUGAGAUGCUGGAUACCAAGCAGCCCAGAAGCUUCUUCAUUGGCGUCUUGGACAUUGCUGGCUUUGAAAUCUUUGAUUACAACAGCUUGGAGCAGCUGUGCAUCAACUUCACCAACGAAAAACUGCAACAGUUCUUCAACCAUCACAUGUUCGUCCUGGAGCAAGAAGAGUAUAAGAAAGAGGGAAUUGAAUGGGAGUUCAUUGACUUUGGCAUGGACUUGGCUGCUUGCAUUGAGCUUAUUGAGAAGCCAAUGGGCAUCUUCUCCAUCCUGGAAGAGGAGUGUAUGUUCCCUAAGGCAACAGACAUGACCUUCAAGAGCAAACUGUACGACCAGCAUCUGGGAAAAAGUGCUCCAUUCCAGAAACCCAAACCCGCCAAAGGCAAAGCUGAGGCCCAUUUCUCUCUGGUCCACUACGCUGGCACUGUGGACUAUAAUGUCACGGGCUGGCUGGACAAGAACAAGGACCCUCUGAACGACUCUGUGGUCCAGCUCUACCAGAAGGCUUCCACCAAACUCCUGGCUCACCUUUAUGCCACACAUGCCUCUGUUGAUGCUGAGAGUGGAGGUGGAAAGAAAGCUGGAAAGAAGAAGGGCGGCUCAUUCCAGACAGUGUCUGCAUUGUUCAGGGAGAAUCUGGGCAAGCUGAUGACGAACCUGAGGAGCACUCAUCCACAUUUUGUGCGCUGUUUGAUUCCAAAUGAAUCAAAGACUCCAGGUCUCAUGGAGAACUUCCUGGUCAUCCAUCAGCUGAGGUGUAACGGCGUGCUGGAGGGGAUCAGGAUCUGCAGGAAAGGCUUCCCCAGCAGAAUCCUCUAUGGUGACUUCAAGCAGAGAUACAAAGUAUUGAAUGCCAGCGUCAUCCCUGAGGGGCAAUUUAUCGACAACAAGAAGGCCUCAGAGAAACUCUUGGGUUCCAUUGAAGUUGAUCACACUCAGUACAAAUUCGGACACACUAAGGUGUUCUUCAAAGCUGGUUUGCUUGGAACUCUGGAGGAGAUGAGAGACGAGAAACUGGCAGAGCUGGUCACAAUGACUCAAGCUCUCUGCAGAGGAUUUCUCAUGAGACGCGAGUUUGUCAAGAUGAUGGAAAGACGGGAUGCGAUUUACUCCAUCCAGUACAACAUCCGAGCAUUCAUGAAUGUCAAAACUUGGCCAUGGAUGAAACUGUAUUUCAAGAUCAAGCCUCUGCUGAAGAGUGCAGAGACCGAGAAGGAGAUGGCUCAGAUGAAAGAAACAUUUGAAAAGACCAAAGAAGAUCUAACCAAAGCUCUGGCUAAAAAGAAAGAGCUGGAGGAGAAGAUGGUUUCUCUGCUCCAGGAGAAGAAUGACCUGCUGUUACAAGUGCAGUCUGAGGGAGAAAAUCUGGCCGAUGCAGAGGAGAGGUGUGAGGGGCUCAUUAAAGCCAAAAUCCAGCUGGAGGCAAAGCUCAAAGAGACUGCCGAGAGACUGGAGGAUGAGGAGGAGAUCAACGCAGAGCUGACUGCAAAGAAGAGAAAGCUGGAGGACGAGUGCUCCGAGUUAAAAAAGGACAUUGAUGACUUGGAGCUCACUCUGGCCAAAGUGGAAAAGGAGAAACAUGCCACUGAGAACAAGGUCAAGAACCUCACAGAGGAGAUGGCUUCUCAGGAUGAGACCAUUGCCAAACUGACCAAAGAGAAGAAGGCCCUCCAAGAGGCCCAUCAGCAGACCCUGGAUGACCUGCAGGCAGAGGAAGACAAAGUCAACACUCUGACGAAGGCCAAGACCAAGCUGGAGCAGCAAGUGGAUGAUCUUGAAGGUUCACUGGAGCAGGAGAAGAAGCUCCGCAUGGACCUGGAGCGAGCUAAGAGGAAGCUGGAAGGAGAUCUGAAACUGGCCCAGGAGUCCAUAAUGGAUCUGGAGAAUGACAAGCAGCAGUCUGAGGAGAAAAUUAAGAAGAAGGACUUUGAGAUGAGCCAACUUCUUAGUAAGAUUGAGGACGAGCAGUCUCUGGGAAUUCAGCUGCAGAAGAAGAUAAAGGAGCUUCAGGCUCGCAUUGAGGAGCUGGAGGAAGAGAUCGAAGCAGAGCGAGCCGCUCGGGCCAAAGUGGAGAAGCAGAGGUCUGACCUCUCCAGGGAGCUGGAGGAGAUCAGCGAGCGCCUGGAAGAAGCUGGAGGAGCAACUGCAGCUCAGAUCGAGAUGAGCAAGAAGCGCGAGACUGAGUUUCAGAAGCUGCGGCGGGAUCUCGAAGAGGCCACGCUGCAGCAUGAAGCCACGGCAGCAGCUCUCCGUAAGAAGCAGGCCGACAGCGUGGCUGAGCUGGGAGAGCAGAUCGACAACCUGCAGAGAGUCAAGCAGAAGCUGGAGAAAGAAAAGAGUGAAUACAAGAUGGAGAUCGAUGACCUCAGCAGCAACAUGGAGGCCAUUGCCAAAGCAAAAGGAAACCUGGAGAAAAUGUGCAGGACCUUAGAGGAUCAGCUGAGUGAGCUCAAAUCCAAGAACGAUGAAAAUGUCCGUCAACUGAAUGACAUCAGUGCACAAAAGGCUCGACUUCAGACUGAAAACGGAGAAUUUGGUCGUCAGCUGGAGGAGAAGGAGGCACUCGUGUCUCAGCUGACCAGAGGCAAGCAGGCUUUCACCCAGCAGAUUGAAGAGUUGAAGAGACACAUCGAGGAGGAAGUGAAGGCCAAGAACGCUCUGGCUCACGCUGUCCAGUCAGCUCGUCAUGACUGUGAUCUGCUCAGAGAGCAGUAUGAGGAGGAGCAGGAGGCUAAAGCUGAGCUGCAGCGCGCCAUGUCCAAGGCUAACAGUGAGGUGGCUCAAUGGAGAACCAAAUAUGAGACCGACGCUAUUCAGCGCACUGAGGAGCUGGAGGAGGCAAAGAAAAAGCUGGCUCAGCGUCUUCAGGAUGCAGAGGAGUCCAUCGAGGCCGUGAACGCAAAAUGCGCCUCUCUAGAAAAGACUAAACAGAGGCUGCAGGCGGAAGUGGAGGAUCUGAUGAUCGACGUGGAGAGAGCUAAUGCUCUGGCUGCCAGUCUGGACAAGAAGCAGAGAAACUUUGACAAGGUCCUUGCAGAGUGGAAGCAAAAGUACGAGGAGAGCCAGGCAGAGCUGGAGGGAGCGCAGAAAGAAGCUCGCUCCAUCAGCACUGAGAUUUUUAAGCUGAAAAAUUCAUAUGAGGAAUGCCUGGAUCAGCUGGAGACAAUGAAGAGAGAAAACAAAAACCUGCAACAGGAGAUCUCAGACUUAACUGAACAAAUUAGUGAGAGCGGAAAAAACAUUCAUGAGCUGGAAAAGGCGAAGAAGGCAGUGGAGACGGAGAAAUCCGACCUCCAAACGUCUCUUGAAGAGGCAGAGGCUACGCUGGAACACGAGGAGUCCAAGAUUCUCCGCGUUCAGCUUGAACUCACCCAAGUCAAGAGUGAAAUCGACAGGAAACUUGCAGAGAAGGACGAGGAGAUCGAGCAGAUCAAGAGGAACAGCCAGAGGGUGAUCGAGUCCAUGCAGACCACCCUGGAUUCUGAGGUCAGGAGCAGGAACGACGCCUUGAGAAUCAAGAAGAAGAUGGAAGGAGACCUCAACGAGAUGGAAAUUCAACUCAGCCACGCCAACCGGCAGGCCGCUGAAGCCCAGAAACAGCUGAGAAAUGUGCAGGGACACCUCAAGGACACCCAGCUCCAUCUUGAUGAUGCCAUCAGAGGCCAAGACGACAUGAGAGAGCAGGUUGCAAUGGUGGAGCGCAGGAACAACCUGAUGAUGGCUGAGAUCGAGGAGCUGAGAGCUGCUCUGGAGCAGACUGAGAGGAGCCGCAAAGUGGCUGAACAGGAGCUUGUUGAUGCCAGCGAGCGUGUGGGACUGCUGCACUCUCAGAACACCAGCCUCAUCAACACCAAGAAGAAGCUGGAGGGUGACCUGGUUCAGAUUCAAGGCGAGGUGGAAGAUGCCGUCCAGGAAGCAAGAAAUGCUGAGGACAAAGCAAAGAAGGCAAUCACCGACGCUGCCAUGAUGGCAGAAGAGCUGAAGAAGGAGCAGGACACCAGUGCUCAUUUGGAGAGGAUGAAGAAGAACCUGGAGGUGACCGUGAAGGACCUGCAGCACCGCCUUGAUGAAGCUGAAAAUCUGGCCAUGAAGGGGGGCAAGAAGCAGCUCCAGAAACUGGAGGCUCGGGUUCGGGAACUGGAAGCUGAAGUUGAUGCUGAGCAGAGACGUGGUGCAGAUGCUAUCAAGGGAGUUCGAAAAUAUGAAAGAAGAGUGAAAGAGCUCACCUACCAGACUGAGGAGGACAAGAAGAAUCUUGCUAGACUUCAAGAUCUGGUGGACAAGCUGCAACUGAAGCUGAAGGCCUACAAGCGACAGGCUGAGGAGGCUGAAGAACAGGCCAACACUCACCUGACCAGGUACAGGAAGGUGCAGCAUGAGAUGGAGGAAGCUCAGGAGAGGGCUGACAUCGCCGAAUCUCAGGUUAACAAGAUGAGGGCCAAGAGCCGCGAAAUGAUCAAGACUAAAGAAGGAGAAGAGUGAUGAAAAAACCAAAGUAGCAGAGCAAGAGGGAGUCAAAAUGGCCGUCUUGUUGCUCGCUAACCUUCAUAUCUAAGCAUGCUGUGAUCACUCAUAAAUAAAAAUGCAGGAAACUUGCA